UCUAGGCCUUGACCUGGAUCUGUACCUGUGCGGAUCACAGAUGGUUUAGAUCCACUCCGAAUACAUACAAAAAUCAACAUUUGACGUUGUCUACCUGAGUUUCUGUGACGCUACACCUGCAGGUAUGAACAUUACACCUGUAGGCGAAAAUGCAUGAAGUUUGAAUGGUGUUUGCUCAGCAGCUUUACGACCUGCUAACCCGUGACACCGCUGAACAAGAAACUAUUCAGUCUCUCUAACAGGGCCAAACCCACAGGGACACCUGAUCAUGUAGACCACCCUAACAGGAAAACCUGCAGAGGCUGACCCAGAUUGAGCUUUUGUAAGUCCAGCUGGAGGAACAGAUCCGUCUCCAAGGAGGCAGAGACGAGUGCUCAGCGAUGGAUUCAUCUUCGCCACCUUCUCGGUCGGCCAGGUGUUCAUCGCCACCAUGCGGGGCUACUUCUUCCUGGGUCAUACAAUGUGUGCUUUGGAGGCUGCCAUGGGAUCCAUAGCAGGUCUGGUGACAUCCUGGUCUCUGGCAGUCCUGUCCUUUGAGCGGUAUCUGGUCAUCUGUAAACCAUUUGGACCCUUUAAGUUUGGCAGUAACCAAGCCCUCGCUGCAAUUGGCUUCACCUGGUUCAUGGGCAUCUGCUGUGCGACCCCGCCAUUCUUCGGCUGGAGCAGGUACAUCCCUGAAGGUCUGGGCUGCUCCUGUGGACCAGACUGGUACACACACAGCGAGGAGUACCACACUGACUCUUACACCAAGUUUCUGAUGGUGACAUGCUUCGUCAUGCCGCUUGGCAUCAUCAUCUUCUCCUACUCACAGCUGCUGGGCGCGCUGAGGGCUGUAGCGGCUCAGCAGACAGAGUCAGCCUCCACCCAGAAGGCGGAGAAAGAAGUGUCAAGGAUGAUCAUCGUGAUGGUUGGAUCUUUUGUCACCUGUUACGGUCCGUACGCGCUGGCCGCCCUCUACUUCUCCUACUCAACAGAUGAAAACAAAGAUUACAGGCUCGUCACCAUUCCCGCGUUUUUCUCCAAGAGCUCUUGUGUGUACAACCCGCUGAUCUACGUCUUCAUGAACAAACAGUUUUACGGUGCCAUCAUGGAGACAGUGUUUGGAAAGAAAAUGGAAGACACAUCUGAAGUUUCUUCAAAGACAGAGACUUCCUCUGUGUCAACGGUAUCUUAAAGUUCGGACUAAGGACAGAGGGACAUCUUUGACUUUUUGAACGGACAUUGUACAUUUUCUUUUAGCACAACAAAGGAUGUUAUACUGUAGAACAUCUUUGUUUAGUUCAGAGGCAAACAAAAAAAACUAAUAAAAAAAUGAAUAUUUGUUUUUAA